AUGGAAGAAAUUUGCGCAAAAAUGGACAAAAUCUUAUUAGAAUAUUUAAGUUUAAUUUCAGCAUUACAAGAACAAUGGAAACAGAUUAGUACAAAUUUAGGGAAUAAAAAAGAUACCGACAUACUUAAUACUCAAAGCGAAUUUAUUUGUCAUUAUACUUUGACCACUCUUGAAGAAAUUACGGAUGAUCCUAAGGAUAAUGAUUCUUCAUCUCUUCGCCGACGCAUGAUAAAGGACCCUGAAAAUGAUAUAGCAAAAAAACAAUCAAAAAGCCGUGUUAUUGAAGAUCCAUUGCGCUGGUUUGGUAUUUUAGUUCCAUCGUCCUUAAGAGAAUCGCAAAGGCACUUUAAACAAA